CAGAUGAUGACAGAGGCUUACGUUGUCUUUGGUCGUCAUUGCUACAUCCGGGACUUUAGAACUUGAUUGACAGUUUCUAUAGCAACAUCACAGGCAGUCGCCAUUUUGUCGGCAGUUUUUUUUUUUUUUUUUUUUUUUUUUUUUUUUAAAGUGUGUGUGGAACCUUUCAAAUGUUUUCGCUUCCCGCCGGAACAACGCGGUCGGAGAAUUCAGAUUGACAGCUCUGUGUGAAGAAAUUCUUCGACUGUUCUCGAGUAAGACAUUUCGGGAACACACGUUUGGAUAUGUUAGGGGAAGAUUAAGCGGCUCCUAGCUCUCCUGGCUAACGUUAGUAGCCGUGUCUGGGGUCUUCCGGGCCGGUCCUCUGCGCAGGUUUGGAGCGCGCGCCAUUUUGUGAAAAUUGACAUAUAAUCUUGGUGGAAAAGUGAAGGUUUGAAUAUAGAGACAGACUCAUAGGACACGGUGUACGUACACGCGGAGUCAUUUUGUACCGUUGUUAACGGCGCACUUUUCCCCCCUGUACAAAGUGUUGCCAACAUAAGCAGGGAAACAGUCUCACUUUUGAACGAAGGCUAGUAGCGGAAGCGGGAGCAGCUAGCCGUUAGCUGGUUAGCCACCAUUUGUUAAGUCAAAGAGAGUUAACGAAACCUGGGCUAGCGUUAGCGCACUACAAUACAGAGGCCGUGCGUCUCACAUGCUAUGGCUGUUUUCCCAAGCAGCAGGACAUUAGCUUGGGAUUACAGCUUGACGCCUGUCAGUUAGCUUGUUAGCCGCGUUCUCUCUGAGUGUGUGUGUGUGUGCGCGCGCGUGUGUAUUGGAGUGCCUCAGUCGGUGAACGCAUCGUAACCAACGUUACAGAAGCUGGAUCAUUGGCUUUACCUUUCCGGAUCUGGGCCUUUAAAUGAAGAUCACAUCAUUAAAGGGGGAGAGACCUCAGCAUGCCAACCCUGGUCUGGCCGGCUUGCACGCUCUUUUUCUUUCAAUGCUGCUGGGUUUCACAUGGCUGCUCCGAUGCUUCAUUCACACCCGCAGCACAGUGACUGUCACCAGCAGAGUACAGAGCAGUCUGGCACUGUACUACCAUACAGUGACCAGACACAUGCGCUCACUGCCAAUCAGAGGCACAUGCCCCAGUGUUUUCGUGAGCCAACCGCAGCUCCAUUGAGGAAGCUCUCUGUUGACUUAAUCAAAACCUACAAACACAUUAAUGAGGUGUAUUAUGCAAAAAAGAAACGACGGCAUCAACAGGGUCAUUGUGAGGACUCCAGCCAUAAGAAAGAGAAGAAAGUCUUCAACGAUGGCUAUGAUGAUGACAACUUUGAUUACAUUGUUAAGAAUGGAGAGAAGUGGAUGGACCGUUAUGAAAUUGACUCUUUAAUAGGAAAGGGUUCAUUUGGGCAGGUUGUUAAAGCUUAUGACCGUGCUGAGCAGGAAUGGGUAGCAAUCAAAAUAAUCAAGAACAAGAAGGCUUUUCUGAAUCAAGCUCAGAUUGAAGUGCGGCUGCUGGAGCUCAUGAACAAACAUGAUACAGAAAUGAAAUAUUACAUAGUUCAUCUGAAGCGGCACUUCAUGUUUCGGAAUCACCUUUGCUUAGUGUUUGAAAUGUUGUCAUACAACCUGUAUGACUUGUUACGAAACACAAACUUUAGAGGCGUAUCUUUAAACCUGACACGGAAAUUUGCCCAGCAGCUCUGCACCGCACUGCUGUUUCUUGCCACUCCUGAACUCAGCAUCAUCCACUGUGACCUCAAGCCCGAGAACAUCCUACUAUGUAAUCCCAAGAGAAGCGCGAUUAAAAUCGUGGACUUUGGAAGCUCCUGCCAACUGGGACAGAGGAUAUAUCAGUAUAUCCAGAGUCGUUUCUACCGCUCCCCUGAAGUGCUGUUAGGAAUGCCAUAUGAUCUGGCAAUAGACAUGUGGUCAUUGGGGUGCAUUCUUGUGGAAAUGCAUACAGGAGAGCCUUUGUUCAGUGGAGCCAACGAGGUGGACCAAAUGAACAAAAUAGUUGAAGUCCUAGGUAUCCCACCCAGUCACAUAAUGGACCUUGCACCAAAAGCCAGAAAGUUUUUUGAGAAGUUGUCUGAUGGGACGUGGAGCAUUAAGAAGACCAAAGAUGGGAAAAGGUACAAACCCCCAGCUUCUCGUAAACUCCAUGCCAUCUUGGGGGUGGAGGCUGGUGGACCUGGCGGUCGAAGAGGCGGCGAAUCUGGCCACGCGGUGGCUGACUACUUGAAGUUCAAGGACCUUGUGCUCAGAAUGCUGGACUAUGACCCCAAGACUCGAAUCCAGCCCUACUACGCGCUCCAGCACAGCUUCUUUAAGAAGACUGCAGAUGAGGGAACAAACACAAGCAGCAGUGUUUCAACAAGUCCUGCACUUGAGCAUUCGCAGUCCUCAGGGACCACCUCUAGUACAUCCUCAAGCUCAGGAGGAUCAUCUGGAACGAGUACCAGUGGCAGAGCGAGGUCUGAUCCCACUCACCAUCAUCGGCACAGUGGGGGGCACUUUAGCACAGCAAUGCCAAGCAUAGACUGUGACAACCUCCGCCCUCAGAAAAGACAGCCUUACCAUCCUCCUGUAGUAUGGACUGAUGGUGUUGGCCCAGAAGUUGUCACGGUAGAGACGCAUCCAGUGCAGGAGACCACCUUUCAUGUGCCUCCCCAGCAUCCUAAAGCAUUACACCCUCAUCACCACCACCACCAUCACCAUCACCAUCACCAUGGACAGGUCAUAACCGCGUUCCCUCGGUCACGGCUCUACAACUCGCCCACCAACAGCGCCUCCACGCAGGACUCCAUGGAGGUCGGGCAUGGCCAUCUGUCCAUGACAUCGCUGUCUUCCUCUGCCUCCUCUUCCUCCACCUCUUCCUCUUCCACAGGAAACCAUGGCCACCAGGUGUACCAGUUCCGCCAGGGGCCCACCACAGCCCUGGGCUUCAGCCGAAUCGGGAGCAUGGGUUUGGGUGCCUUCUCAAAUCCCCGCCAAGAAACUGGCAUCGCUGGACAUCCACCGUACUCGGUUCCCUCCAACUCGGGGCCCGGGCACUUCAUAACAGAGGGACAUUUGGGAAUGAGACAAGGCAUUGAUAGAGAUGAGUCUCCGAUGACUGGAGUCUGCGUUCAGCCGAGCUCCAUGGCUAGUUCGUGACUAAUCUGAAAAUGUUUUGUUUUUUCUGUAUGUGGUUAUUAUGAAUAUUUUUUUUCUAGGUGAUAUUUUCCUUUUCUCCAAUUUUUAAAUGGUGCAUAGAGAACAAAAAGCUGCUCACUUUUUAGGGGAGAUAUCACUGAAACGCUACAACUGAAGAGUAUUUAAAGUAUAUGUAUUUCAAAUCUUUUUUUUUUUUUCUUUUUUUUCUUUCUCUUUUUUUUCUUUUUUUUUGGUCCACCUAACAGACUCAUUCGUAAUACUGCAAAAUGACCAUCAUAAGAUUGCAUCUGCCAGUUCACUCACUACACAUAGUACUCACGUCCCACUCGUUAUUUGUUCAUUUUUUUUAAAUCUCGUUUUUAGUAUUUCAGAGCCAAUAACUGCCACACAACUAUCUACAUGUAAAGCAAUGCAAAAAAAAAAAUCCAUUUACGUUCUAACGGUGAAUCAUUUAGCUUUUUCUUUUUCCCUUGAUAAUUUAUUUACCCUUCAUUUGAAACCUCUCAGAGGAGCUGUAUGUUUAAAACCUGUAGUGUGUGCAGGAAGAAGUACUCGCAGUGGUCUUUGGUGUUGUCUGUAUUGUGUAACUGUGAGAAGCGUGUUCUCAGACUGUGGGAGCAGAAGGAGCUGCAGUAGUGUUCAGGCUGAGACGCGUCUCACUACGUGUUCAAGUUAUGGAGAGGAUGCACUGAAAACGGGGUCAGAUACAGAUUUAGGGGUUCACGUUAAGAACCCUGUUGGCCUUAUGAUUUUUUUGAACAUUUGAGUGAAAAGAACACGGACAAUGCUGUUCAGAUAAAUACGGCUUUCCUCUUCUUUUAACAUAAACGAUCGUUAUUUAGAGGAAUGCUGAGUAGAGUUUAAAAAAAAAAAAAAAAAAAGUAAUCAAGAGGUUAUUAAGAAGCCUUUAUUUAACAAAGGGACUUAAGGGACUCAUAAUUACAGGGUCAAGUGUUUUAAUAGUGACUUCCUAUAAUUCUUUCUUAUCAAAUAGGAUUUCACAGCAGAGUUAGUCACCCCUAUAUGAAAUGCUUAAUUUUAUUUAUUUGUUCCUGUUCCUUUUGAUUGUACGCUUUCCAUUGAACACUGUUUACUUCAAUUUGCUUAUUCACUUUUUAGUACAGAAAUAUUCGCUGAAAUUUGUGACUGCCUUUCUCCCCUCUUGAAUUAUGCUGUGAACUUUACACAUUUUUUUAAAUACCAAAGUAACUGUUUUCUUUUUUUAUUUUAUUUUUAAACGGUCCUGUAACCAAUAAUGUAGCAGUUCACCACUCCAACACAAGUGUUUUAUUAAAUGAUCAGUUUUGUCCAUACCAAAUGUCUAUCAACUACUUUUGCGCAAUGGAAAUUUUGCGGAGCUUGGUUGAAUUGUUGUUGUUUGGUUAAACAUCAAAACCCUGUUAUUUACUUUUUCUUUUUUUUUCUUUUUUUUUUAACAUCAAGCAGUUGGGAGCAUAGCUUGGCACAACACUGCUGCUCUGCAGGCUACGGAGUAGCUGUGAAAGAUUACAAGGAGGUGGAAAAAAAAAGGUUUUUUUGUCAGUUGGUGGGUGAUGCUACUUUUUUCUACUUACUUUGGAUGACAUGCUAAUUUUUACCGAAGUACCAUACUUCAGCUGAAAUAUUCAGGCAGUCUACUGUAGCUACUAUGAGUACAAGUUGAGUUUGUCAGACAUUUUGUUUGGUGCUUGUUUCCCCAUAUACUGUUCAAACAGAAUCUAAAUAUGGCACUGAGGGCACAUGGGCAUACGCACGUUUCCAAGAGAUUCAGUGUUUUCAGAAAUCACGUUGUGGUCACAAGCAAUUGUUAAUUAAUUAAUCAAUCUCACCCACACUUUAUAGUAUAACAGGUUGUGAAGUGUUCUCCACCCAUGCUCACACUUUGCAUCGGGUAUUAACAAAGACCAACUCCAUGCAUAUUACCAAUGAAUCUUUAGUGUCCUGCUGCUAAAUCAGGUAACAGGACACUAUUGUACAUGAAAAUGGUGUUUAUUUUGCCGAAGGCAUCUUUACCCUAUUAUAAAACAAAAAAUGUUUGAUAUAUUUACAUAUUCUAAGAGUAAUGGUGAUGAGAAAUGGUUCAUAUAAAUGUUAAAUGGCUUUUAAAAAUAGUUUUUAUAAAUGAUCCUGUUUGCGUGGGGGAACACAGCAAUUUGCUGAGCUCAAAACAUUCCAAAAUAAACCUGGAAAAAAACUAAACAGA